UCUCCCAUCCAUCUGCAAGCCUUCACUCUCCCUGGUGUGGACGCAGAAGUCAGUUCCUGGCGUGCUGGACCAGCCCAGUGAAAAAUGCCGUGCCACUUCUAACUUAUGGAGUAAUGAUGACCUCAUCAAGGAAAGAAGUUGAGAAGCGUCGCAACCCAGUAGAGAGCAUUUGUCGAAAAAUCAGAGCCAUUCGGAGGAGAGAGACCACUCUGAAUUUGGCUCGACGGGUCGCUAAACGCAAGUCCAGCAGCCCCGACAGUCCGCAGUCUAAAACCAAGACGGCCUUUGGGGACUCGCUGCGGAGGACAGCUGCCACUGGAGUUCCUGUGCUGGACUCUCACUUCUCAAGACCUGAGAGAAAGCACAGUCGCGUUUCCUGUCCUGAAGUCAUGUCCUUGAGAACCUCGACAAGCUCUCAGCCCAGCUCUCCUCAGGAGGCCACGUACUCCGUUGUUCUGGCAAGUUCUGAGAACUGCUCACAGCUGAGACCAUGGAGCCUCCAGAGCCCUCCAUCCUUGAAGUCUCAGUCCGGCCAAGGGCGAUGCAUCCCCAGCAAGGAUUUAGACAGCAGCCGCAAUGCAAACUCUUCAAGUACCUCAGUCCUUGGCUCUGUCUGCAGCUCUGGGAGGGACACUACGUUUUCCACUCCUUGGGAUGGGGUGACGAGAAAGUUAUCUCUGAAUGAUGACGGGUUGAAAGCUGAAGAUGAGGGCAGCCAGGAGGAGGGAGCCUAUGGGGCCUGUGAAACCCAUGGGGAAGAGUUUCUGGCAGGAAUUUUUCAAGAGCUCGACACCAAGCAUACAGGUGCAGUGGGAGUGGACAGAAUCAUGGCUUACCUGAGACGAACCGCUGGCCAAGACUCUGAAGACGGUGACCUUGAAGCGCUGGGGACCAUGCUUGAUCCCGAAAAUACAAACCCACGUGUGGACCUGGACACCUUCCAGGGCAUUGUGAAGGAGUGGGUAGCUCACUCUAGGAGCAGGAGGGAAGGAACAAGGAGCCGAUGGAGUGGCAGCUGGGAUGACUCUGUGUUUGAGCCACAGGAAGACGUGGGGCCAGACGGGCCAGGGAGCGAGCUGCACCACGAUUGCAGGGCGUGGAGGAAGGAGAUGUCCGAUUUGAUCACGUGUGUCUCGGACCUGCACGCCAGCAAGCAGAAGCUGGAGGAGGAGAACGCUACCUGUAGACUGGCGUUAGAAGCCAUGGAGGAAGCCAACAGGCAGCUGGCAGAGGACUGUACCAGCCUGCACCUCCAGAUGAGCAGUGCCCAGCAAGCCGUCAGGAGGGAGAGUCUUUUAAAGGAGGAGCUGGAGGACCUGAAGGUGACCAUGGCAGCUUCAGAGGAGCAGAAGACCAUGGCCUUGGCCCAGAACAAGCAGUUAGAGGCAGAAGUCAGGAUUCUGAUUCUUAAGAUCCGGGCUCUCCAGGAAGAGAAUGUUAAGAAUGUCAUUGACAUAGACUCUCUGGAAAAGAAGAUAGAGGAAUUAUCUGAAACCAAGAAAGAGUGUCAAAUGCAGCUGCAGAUGUGUGAGGACAUGCUGCUUACUAAAGAUGCAAGUUUGCAAAAGAAGGAUUUAUGCAUAGAAGAACUUGAGUCAACCAUCAUGGAAUACAGAAGCAUUACCGAGAAUUUGCGAGAAGAUAAGAACAACCUGACCCAGGAAUUGCAGCUCUUGCAGCACAAACUCAUUGUGAAUGGGAUCCAGGUGCAUGACAAGGGCAUGGUCUCUGAAGAGGAGAAGUCUCUCUACCAUGAACUCACUCUUGCCCAGACUGCAGAGGGUUCCUUAGACGAGGAGUCGCCUCACUCUGGUCCCCUGUCCUGCACAGAGGGCCGUCAACUUCUGUGGAGGAAAUUGAAGCAGUCCUGCCUCAAACCACAGAGAAGGCAAAAAGGAAGCCUUUGCCAGAGACCCCUGACCUGGAAGGAAUCUCGCCAGUGUUCGCCUCUGCUGGAUGCCUUGUAUCUUGAUGGCCUCACAGCAAUUCCAGGGCUAGAACUGACAUCCGUCCCGUGUGUCAGAGCACCAGCCCAUGCUCCGUGUGAAAGGCCUCGGGAGCCGGUGGAUGGAGCUUUGGAUGUGACGAGAGGACCCCAGUGCCCAGUCCCCGCGGGAGGCUCCAUCGUGGGACCAGACCCAGACCCCCUAGGUUGCACCACGAUGAGCGAGGACCUUAGUGCAGAUGAGAAUGGUGCCGGCCGCUUGUAUUCUGAGAGCUUGCCACCGCUCAGGGAGUAUCUCACACAGCCAUCAACUGAUCACACCUCGUCCUCAGAGAGUACCGUGACGUCAAGCGAAUCAGGAUCAGACAUUUUGCACAUGACGUCUGGUGACCUCGACUGCAAGUCCCUCUGCGAGAAGGAGGAGGAAGCAGGAUCGGCCCCCGCCAUGUCAGGCACCAGCCCAGCUCCGGGGACCGCAGUCCUCGGGGACUCCGAGAGUGUGGACAAGGCUGCUGUGUCGCACCUGGUGAGGGAACAGUCUCGGUUAAUGGAAGCAGGAGAGGGACUCAAAGCGCUGGAGGACGGAGGGAAGGGCCGCACUGCAGGAGAGACUGAGGUCUCAGAACCUCCCAAAGCGCCUGUGAAGCUAGUUAACUUUCAGCAGAGUGAGAACACCUCGGCUAGUGAGAAGGAGGUAGAGGCAGAAUUCCUCAGGUUAUCUUUGGGACUGAAGUGUGACUGGUUUACUCUGGAGAAGAGAGUGAGGCUUGAGGAGAGGUCCCGGGACCUGGCAGAGGAAAACCUGAAGAAAGAAAUCACCAACUGUUUAAAGCUUUUGGAGUCCUUAGCACCUCUGUGCGAAGAUGACAACCAGGCUCAGGAGAUCAUUAAGAAGCUGGAGAAGAGUAUAACGUUUCUCAGCCAGUGCACGACACGCGUGGCCAGCAGGGCAGAGAUGCUGGGGGCCAUCAACCAGGAGAGCCGCGUGAGUAAAGCUGUGGAGGUGAUGAUUCAGCACGUGGAGAACUUGAAGAGGAUGUACGCCAAAGAGCACGCUGAGCUGGAGGAGCUGAAGCAGGCUCUGCUGCAGAACGAGAGGUCUUUCAGCCCCCUGGAAGAUGAAGACGACUGUCAGAUUAAAAAGCGUUCGUCUUCUCUAAAUUCCAAGCCAUCGUCUCUUCGAAGAGUGACGAUUGCCUCUUUGCCCAGAAAUCUCGGGAAUAUGGGGACGGUGUAUGGCAUAGACAGUAAUGACAGAUUCAGCCGGCGGUCGAGCAGCUGGAGAGUUCUGGGGACGAAGCAGAGUGAGCAGCGCCCCUCGCUGCACCGGUUUAUUAGCACCUACUCCUGGGCAGACGCUGACGGCGAGAAGUGUGACGUGAAAGCCAGCGAUGCCUCGGAGCCGGCGGGAGAGGAGGUGGUGGAGAGGACCAGGAAGGUCAGCGUUUCUGAGAAGAGGAGCAGCCCAUCCGCCUGGGACAGCACCGCAGUCUGCAGCUCGGUGACUUCCUGGCUCACUCACCUGCGAGUGCCCUUCAGCAGGGCCAACAGGGUGCUCUGGCUCUCGGUGGUCUUCAUCGCACUGUUUGCAGCCCUGAUGAGUUUCCUCACAGGCCAGUUCUUCCAGACGACUGCGGAGGCUGCGCCCACACAGGAAGGGACCUCCUGGAUGUCUCUAGAACACAUCUUAUGGCCCCUCACCAGACUCAGGCACAAUGGGCCCCCGCCAGUAUGACUGGAGCGCAGCCGAACGCCCCAUUCUAAUUUAACGUUUCCCUCUGAGAGUCAUGCAUUAGUAACUUUCUAGGAACUACAGUGCGGAGCCGGGCUCUCAGGACAGCUGAGAUGUUUUAGUUCCCCAGCAAUAGCACAGGUAUUUUAAUGAGCUCUCUGAGACAGACAUCAUACUUUAUUGAAAUGUGUCACAAUAAAGAACCAUUCAAAUCUU